AUGAAUCGUUAUCCCUCAUCUCAAGUGGCAAGUCCUGAGGAACUAUUGUUUAGAUUGAUACAACGUCAACAAGGUAUUCGUGAAUCUAUUGCUGAAUAUUAUGAAAAGAAAAAUCAAUUGUGCCAUGAAUAUGAUAUUUGUGUGACAGAUCAACAACGUAUUUAUUAUUUGAAGCAAGGAUUAGGGGUGGAGUUAAAACAAUAUGCUGAAUACCACUCAUUCGUGUCAUUAGCACAAUUUAAAAAUGUUAUGGAAAUACAUGAGCGUCACCAGUUACAAACUUAA